UCUGUAAGACUAGUAAAAAUAUUUGACUUAAUUAUACAGUAGGGGCGGGUUACCGUGCAGUUAGUAGUUUUAGUCACUUAUCCAACUUUUAAUUGCGACAACUCAGGAUUAAAUCAGUAGGCAAAAAUUGGACGGACGCUGGCCGAUUUCUUUAAUUUGAAAAGCCCCAUCGGAAGUCGUGUCCUAACCCUGGCUGGCUUGAUAGUGGUGGUAGGAAUGGCGGCUAUGAUUACUAGAGGAAGGAGCCCAAAGACCCUGAAACUUUACUUGUAGGGGCCCCGCGGAGGAUCUCGUGUCUAGCCGAACGCAGAAACGCCAGCCAGAACCGGAGCGCGGGCAGAAGAAGCGCCGUGACGUGCGCGCGGCGAGGGAGACGUCCGAGCCGAGGAGGCGGGCGCACUUCGCGAGUCGCUAGUUAGCUUCUCGCUACCGUUAGUGCCGCUGACUUUGAUUCAAGGUAGCAGUUAGCUCGCAGCGCUGUUAGCCAGCUGUUGGCUUGGCUGGCACAACAAGUUAACAAAGUGCAAUGAGAGCGCCAUUUGUCUGAAUUCUCGACCAGCGGACGACUCCGUGUGUCAGCAGAUAAAGCUGGAGACUUUUCCAGACAGUGCGAUCCGACGACAACAAGUCGCCACCGCGCGCUGGGACCAUUAACACCGCUAACCUCAACGCUAGCUAGUGCACGAACGCUAGCUGAGUUGGAACCCUGAAGUCUCGCCCAUUUCGGAUCCUGUCCCGGCCAUUGGCUCGGGAUCACUCAACAGCCAACUAGUCUGCUUUCAGGUCCACUUGGUGCUACGAUGGAAAGUCUAACGCUGAGUGAUGUCGAGCAGAAGUAUUACUCGGAUUUGUUCGUCUACUGCGACACGGACAACACCAAAAAAGUGGCUUCCAACGGGAGAGUUCUUGACCUUUUCCGGGCGGCCCAGCUCCCCAGCGAAGUUGUCCUGCAGAUCACAGAGCUUUGUGGAGCCACCCGGCUGGGCCACUUCGGGCGGAGCCAGUUCUACAUCGCUCUCAAGCUCAUUGCCAUCGCCCAGUCUGGGCUGCCUCUGAGGGUGGAGAGCCUCAACUCAGUGAAGGACCUGCCGCUGCCCAGGUUUGUGGUGGGGAAGAACGAGGCUGAGGCCAGACACGCCGCGCUGUACCAGGACACGGACAGCCAGGGCUUGUACCCGGCCUCUGCUACUGCCGUCAUACCCAGACCACCAGGCAGGACUCACCAGAACAAGAAGUCCACCUCUGCCCUCCCUGUCCAUGAGGCCAUCCAGCCCCUGGCACCCAGCAUAGAACCACAGCCUGAACCCACGUCCCCAGUGGUCUCCCCUCACCAGUCCCCCCCCACUUCCCCUCACUCCUGGAGGAAACACAAGCGGCAACACAGCGGAGGAAACGUGGAGCGACAGCCGGUGGUGGCGGCGCCGUCGGCCGUGUGGACGCACUUCAGAGAAACGCAGACAGGUCCAGCGUCGGCUGACGGAAUGUGGUCUUCCCACUCGCCUCCUCCGUCGGGUCCAGAGAGCUGGGUCAGUUUCACGGCAGACACCCCCCCCUCCAGCACGGUCCCAGCGAUGCACCCGUCGUCGGUCCAGGAAAGCACAACGAUACGAACGGUGGCCUCAGCAGCAACAACCAAUGAGAUCCAGCGGCAGACCAGCGCUUAUGACGACCCCUGGAAGAUCACAGACGAGCAGAGACAGUAUUACGUUAACCAGUUCAAAACCAUCCAGCCAGACCUCACUGGCUUCAUCCCCGGUUCAGCAGCUAAAGAGUUCUUCACCAAAUCAAAGCUACCGAUUUUAGAGCUGUCACACAUUUGGGAGCUGUCAGACUUUGACAAGGACGGAGCUCUGACCCUGGAUGAGUUCUGCGCCGCCUUCCACCUGGUUGUGGCCAGGAAGAACGGCUACGACCUCCCUGAGAAGCUGCCUGAGAGCCUGAUGCCAAAGCUGAUUGACCUGGAUGACUCAGCAGAAGUCCCGGAGCCGCCCGCUGACGCUGUGUACUCUGCCUCCCCGGUGGAGGUCACCCCCAGCAAAUCCCCCUCCAUGCCUUCGCUCAACCAGGCGUGGCCCGAGAUGAACCAGAGCAACGAGCAGUGGGAGACGUUUAGCGAGCGCUCCUCCAGCUCACAAACUCUGACCCAAUUUGACUCUAACAUUGCACCAGCUGACCCUGACACGGCCAUCGUCCACCCAGUUCCCAUCCGGAUGACACCCAGCAAGAUCCACAUGCAGGAGAUGGAGCUGAAAAGGACCGGCAGCGAGCACAACCACCCCACAAGCCCUCUGCUCACCAAACCUCCUGAACUGUCGGAAGACGCCAAGCUGCCCGCAUCCAUGAAGUUUGUAGCCGCUAAUACUGCAGGUGACGGUUAUAGCAGUUCAGACUCCUUCACCUCAGACCAGGAGCCAAUAACGAGACAAAGGUCUCAGUCGGGUACGUCUCCAGAACCUUUGAAGGUGGUCGCUCCCCCUCCUCCUCCUCCUCGCCCCCACCCUUCUCACUCUCGCUCCUCCUCACUGGACAUGAAUCGCACCUUUGCUGCCUCGUCUGCCACAGGACAAACACAGCAGUCUGCAAUAGCCUACCCGCCCGCUGUGCCCCCGCGCCCUCUGCCUACACAGACAUCAGUGCCGCUUACUGGGCAUCGAGUCGACGCAGAGGCUGUACCAGGAGGUGGCGCAGUGCUCACCGCCACCUCCCCCCAGCAGAUUCCUCAGCAGCCCAAUUUUGCUGACUUCAGUCAGUUUCAAGCGUUUGCUGCUUCGGAGCAGCCUUCCAGCCUGCCUGAGGUGGACAAGCACAGCGAGGGGGGACAGGUUGACAAGGCUCCAGAGGGAGCAGGGCCUUUGAGAACAGUGAAAAGUGAUGGCCAAGCAGAUGAGAGAGUCUCCACCACUGUUAACUCCGUCAAAGGUUCAUCUGGUCCGAUAGCACCACCUCCCAAACCUGUACGCCGAAGGUUGAAAUCAGAGGACGAGCUGCGUCCGGAGGACGAGCAGCACGGUCUGCAGAAAUCCAACGUCAUAGCUGCCGUCCUGGCAACUCAACCCUCCAUCCCCAGGUCGUUGGGGAAGGACAAAAAGGCCAUUCAAGCUUCAAUCCGAAGAAAUAAGGAGACCAACACAGUCUUGGCCCGUCUGAACAGUGAGCUGCAGCAGCAGCUGAAGGAUCUGCUUGAAGAGAGGAUAUCUCUGGAAGUCCAGCUGGAGCAGCUCAGACCUUUCUCUCAUCUUUAACCAACAUGAGGUUGAAAAGUUGGCUGUUCGUCCAACGUGAUGUGACUCUGUUCCUCCUUCUUCCCUCCUGCCUUCCAUCAUCCCAGCUUUUCCCUGGAGGCCACGACUCGCCGCCACGUCCUCCAAUAAUCGUCCUCUCACGCUCAAUCUCACUUAUCAGUCAUAAGCCAGAAGGACAUGAAAGCACAGUCAACAGGAGCGUGGGGGGAUUUUCCAAACUGGCACUUUUUCUCUGCGGAGAGGUGAAGGAGACGGCUGAGAGGAGGUCAGGGCGCUCCAGCUGCAGGUGUCCGAUGACUCCGACUGACUGAAGAAAGGCUGUGUGUGUGUGUGUGAGUGUGUGUGCGCGCGCUUGCGUUCCUGCCUAGUGACGGCUGCAGCUACCACCAGUGUUUGUCCGAUACACCACACCACGCUUCUUUUAAAAACAAUUUUAAGAAAUGGUUCACAUAGAUUUUCUGUCUAAUAGUCUGAGCAUCUGCAGCGUAUUUACUGUGAUUGCUGAACAGGUGGCGCUGUUAGCCUAGCUUAGCAUAAGCUUAGCGAGCAGGCUGGAAGCAUGGGAAGUGGUUACCUGGCUCCAUCUGAUGCACUUACAGCACCUUUUAGUAUUCAGUCAUCACACACUUCUCAUUAUUUCAAUGGAAACAGUUUCUCCUAAAACACAUGCUCUAACGAUUUCAGACCUCUGAGUGAGUGACUGCAUGUGUUUCCCAUAAUCACACCCUCCCAAGGCUGUAAGUCCAGGUCGGAGCUGCAGGCUAUGAAGACGCUGUGGAUAAUAAAUUGUGUGUGUGUGUGUGUGCGUUAGUGUUUGGGGAUCGAUGUGAGUAAGUGGUGAACUUUACUGCUGAAUGACUGAACAUCACUCUUCUCUCAUCUGUACAUGGGAUGUGUCUUACAGUGUAAAUGCUACUUACAGCUUUUACUUCAAUUUAUUUGCGGUUUUCUGUCAGCACUUCUACAUUUUUUUUAUUCUUGUAAGUUUGUUUGUGUGAAGACAUUUAGUCAAAACAGAUUCAAUCUGAAGGUUUCACGCUUUUCUUUUUUUUCUUUUUUUUCCUGGCUGUUACGCAAAAGUCAGUGAUCAUGAAGAAUUCUAUUGUUUAUCAAGGAGACGUCGUUCAGCAAACGCAUUCAGCCUGAGAGUGCAGGGCGUUAAUGGCUUCAUGUUUCCAAUCAGUCAGCUCUAUGCAAGUAUGGGCGAUCGCCUCCACACGACGCUCGGCUGUGGGCACAGCGACCGGAGCAGCUGUGAGCUUCUGUUAAUGCAUUGUAGCUCUUCCAGGACAAUAUCUGCUGCGUUCGGCUCCGUUCUGCCUCGUUCCUGUGGUACCGAUGAGCGCUCCUUCAUGAGGACGGAGGGCAGCUGGCCUUUAUGGGAGCCCAGUGACCCAGCUGCACUUUGAACUUAGUCACCCUGCGUGUUUUAUGUUGUUUUAUGUGACCUUUGUCUUUUACGUCCCAUCGGUCCCGUCUUUCACGCCUAUGUAAAGAAGCUAGUAAGACCAAGUCAUGACCCUUUGGAGAUUUAUUUCAACAGCACAACCAGGAGCUGAGACUGGGGCCUCUGUGCCAGGACUCGUUCAUCUUUUCCCCUGGAGCUUCCUGUGUCGGUGAAGAACCCGUCUUCUAAAGCCUUAUCUCCCCGACUGGAUGACUCACCUUCCUCCCUCAUUGUGUUGAGGCCCGUCUCCUCUUUUCUGCUGUUGAGGACGAUGAUGUACUUUGUUUAUUUGUGUGUGUGCGUGUGUGUUUGCGCGUGUGCGUUGUAUUGUUUCCAGACCUGGAACUAAUACCAUUUAAAACUCGAUUAAACACCUAAACAAGG